UUCAGGGGCCCGGAGGUGAUCCGUGGGUAAAAUCAGCCUUCACCAGUGCUCCUGACUGCUGGAGGUUCUAAACCAGGUAACCACCACUCAUUAAGCCCAGGGCCACUUUAACAGUGGAGCCAAAGGGGCAAAAAAUUGUCCCAGGUCCCUCCUGACAGCCCUGGGGUCCUGCCAUUCCGGGCUUGAUAAUCCCCCUUCUAUCCUGCUGCUGCUUUUCCAAGCUAAAAACAUCCCUGGCAGUGUUGGGUAGAGAUGCGUGUGCUGUUUGAGAGAUGGCACAUUUGGCCCGGAGAGUCCCAGGGCUCUGACUUUGAGCUUUGUGGGAUCUAAUUCUAGGCUGCCCCCCCUCCUCCAAUAGCUGAAAGCAGCAGGGGUGACAGAUGAUCCCACAGUUUGCAGUUUAGUUAGGUGGUGAUGGUUAUAGAAGGCGGCGAUUUUGGUCUUUAUCAGUUACUCAGCAGAGCUGUGACCCUAAAGUCCACCGAAGAAGGAGCUUGACGGUGGGGAGCGAUUAGGAAUGUUUUUGUUCUUCUUUUUCUGACCUCUACUGCCAGCAUCCCCAGAAGGAAUGAGCUCUCUGUGAUGCUGACCUCCCCAUUUUUGUAGAGCGGAUGGAGUUAAUUGUGUGUAAUUUAGGUGCGUGAGUCCAGAAGUGUCGGGGAAUUUCCAAAAGAAGCUCCUGGAUGUGCCUCUGCCGGUUUUCACCUGCCAAGGGGCCCUUUGCCAAGGUAAUGGUAUCAAUGUCACUUUGGGAUCCAUUUCUUUCUAUUUGGAGCCCUCCAGUCCUUCUCCCAUCAACUAUGAUACACACCCUGGCAUGGCCUGUGCUCAGUCCACAGGUCCGCAGAAGCCUGUGAGGUAGGAACCAAGCCCAACCCAGCCAGUUUUGUCCUGGCUCGGCUGCCCAAGGGGGCCUGCGAUGCUGCUAGACUUUAACUAGCCCAGGCUUCAGUUCUAGGAGUGCUACUGGGUCCCCUGGCUACUGGGACUGCAGCUCCUAGCAACCCGGGGGGAACUGUGCCUGCACGGCAGGGAGGCCCAGGCCACUUCUCAGCUCACAUCUGGCCCGACUCCAAAGCAGACCGGAUUCAGCACCGAGUGGGCUUCGAGAAAAUACUACGACAGAGGACCACUCGGACUGGGCAGGGGCCGGAACCGGGCCAGAAGUGUCCAUCCCAGGCUGGGGUCUGCCCUAGAACCUUGUCUCAUGGCAUGAACAAACUCCGUGGCACCUAAGGACUGAUUGAUGAGGAUGCCUGGAAGGAUACUUCCCCCCGCAAAAACCUAAUAUUAAAAGAAAAAAUUCCAGGAGAAAAGCAACAAAUGUGGAGAAUUUUGUAAGCGUGAGCCUGGGUGCUUAGGCACUGUGGAAAAAGGGGGCACCAGUUGAUUGGAGUUUGGAGUGACAGGCUACGGUUACAAAGACACCAUAUUUUCAGUCCAGAGUUGCAGUCUUUCAGGUGUGUCAGUCCCGGGGGAAUGUAGAAUGCUCCAUUAGCCUUUAAUCUAUUUAAAACUCGGCAUUGCCAGAAGACGUUCCUUUUUAAUCUGUCCUUGAAAAAUUGCCCUCUCUACUCUUAGCAAAUAAUAGAUGUUUCUGUUGGACGCUGCUGCCUGAGCUUCACCCUCCUAGGCUCAUAUCAAAUGAGUCUCUCGAAGAGCCUCGAGCCCCGGAUUUCUCCUGGAAAAAGCAUUCAGAGGCCAGUGCCACGUGCUGGUUUUGAAGCCUGUGGGAAGUCCCCUAGCCUAAUGCCAUGAAUAUUAAUGGGGAGGAGAAAGCUGUCCAUUCCUGGUCCAGAAUCUCUUCUGCAGGCCAGAAAGCACUGGAGGAAGCUCUCCGGGUCUUCAACCCCAUGUCCAAGAACCUGGCAGAUACAGAGACACAGCUAGUGGCCUUUCUCCAAGGUCUCAGGGAGGAAGGCUACCAGCCAACAGUCUUGGGGAGUAAGGAUGUGUACGGAUAUAGUUCCUGUACAGCAGUCACUCCCGAGCAGACAAAGGAGACUGCCCAGAAUACUUCUCGAGCAGCUGCUGGGCUGUCGGCGUCUUCCGAUGCUCCCUCCAGGACCCCGGUGGCAGCGAUGGCGGAAAUGUUGGCUGUCCCCGGGGCGGUCUCCGUGAGUUCGUCGAAAGUCCCCACCUCGCCGGCGUCCAAAGCCAGUUCCCCCAACCUUCUGUUGAACUCGCUGAAGCAGACCGAAUCGGACACCUCAAAGACGGCCACGGCGAGUCUCCCUGCCAACACGUCUCCCGGGGUCUACCCGGCCAUGAGAGUCUCUGUGGUCCUGGAGACCUUGGUUCCUUUCAAGGCAACAGCCAACUGUUUAGAAUCCAAAUACGGUCCAGGACAUCUUGGCAUGGCCAACGCUGACCUUAAACUGGUUAAGGCCUCGGGGGCUCCCCGGCUGUCGCCUCUGGGCAAGACUGCUAAAGGACCCCAGAAUGUCAUUAAGAAAACUAGGCUUGCGGGGGGCUUUUUGAGGAGUCCCAGGGGCCGGGUCCUGCAGGAGAGCAAUGCCUGCAAGGCAUCAGGGAUCCUGAAUGGUAGGAUUUCCAAUAGCUCCUCGCAGGGCUGCAGCGGAGGGUCGCCGUCCAAGGCCCCCAGAAGCAAAGCCCAGGACGUCCCCGUUGGCAGAACUGACUGGAAAGACGGCAGCGACGACCCCCGGGAAACCGGGGCUCGGAAAAGGAAGAGAGCCGAGGCGGCUAAAGAGCCCCCACCGAAGAAGAGAACCAAGUCCGUUCCCUGCCUGACGAAAUCUGAGCUGGGGCAGAGCACUUUGAACCUUCUGAAAUUUUGGAUCAUCAAAGUGGAUAAGACCUCGUCGGAUGAUGAAGUGAGGCAAAGGGCCCAGAAGAUCCUUAGGGUUAAUCUCUCCCCUGUGAUCAGAAUUCACCCAUUAUUUCACCCGGUGCCCUGAGUCGCUUCUUUUGCCAUUUGCAUUUUAAAUCGUCUGUGCAAGCUAGGUGGCCAGCACAUGGAGAGAAGGAAAGCAACUUUCCUUCUCUCGUGUCUGGUGACGGUAGAUGAUGGAUUGAUAGCUACGAUUCUGGGCCGCUUGCUCCAUUCCUGUUGUUCGCUGUCUGGCCACUGUGCCGCAUUGGAUUGCAUGGGUCCAGAGCCAUGUUUAGAACUCCCGGGAAAUGACCCCCACAUCCCAACUGGGAGAAAGUGGAGCAUCAGCGUGCCGACUCUACUUGAGGCGCUCUUGGCUAUGCUUUUCUUAACAUGGCAGGGAUACACUCGUGCAAUUGGGAGACCACGUAACUCUUCAUGAUGUGAUACACUGUGAUUUGUUCUUCAA